UGGAAGUAUCCCUACAAUCAAUGUACUCAAAUAUCCUACCAUGCCAGCCAACUCAGAACAACGUAAGAUAUUAAAAGAAUCAAUCCUGAUAACGUUGGAUGCACCAAAACCAGCAUACGAACCGGUGGCGAGUAGGCUCACACGCUGCCAGGAUUGUGGAGUCCAUGGCGUGGCUCAGUGCAGCCGUUGAUAAAGCUUGUGGCCCUUUCUCUCCCAACAAGUCCACGCUUCAAAUCUUAGCCUUCGAGGCAGCGAAAACAAUGUCUCGCCUUGUCGCACUUUAUAAGUCUUUGUCUGAUGAUGAGUUGUUUAAACUCCGGAAAGGUCCCAUGAAAUCCCUCGGCGUUGCGUUUUUGAACUCCAUGGAUGAAAGCUAUCUUCUUGGCCUUGUAUGUAAAGAGAAACUCGAGGAUCUGGGUCAUGCCGUUGUCGUAGUUUCUCGUCUGAGUAAACAAUGCAUCGAUGACGAACUCAACAGGUUUGAAAUCGCUUACCACAACAAGAAACAGGGAAUUAUUGAUGUCGGUAACGUUGAUUUUAACUCCAGAAACGUUGGAAAAGCCAUCGAAAAGAUGGAGAAAUACGCGAAUGCGACAUCUGCACUACACGGAUCAUUGGUUGCCCUCAACGAAUUGGAAGUAUCAGAGAAGAAAAUGCAGAAACCGAAUAUCAACAUUGAUUACUUCAACGAGGAAAUCAAUUUCCAAAGAAAACAGGUUUUACAUUUCAGACAAAUUUCUCUCUGGAGCCAAACAUUUGAUACAAGUGUUGGGUUAAUGGCUCGAAUCGUCUUCGUGAUUUACGCUAGAAUAUGCACCAUUUUUGGACCAUUUGUUCCAAGUCUUACAUGCAUCUAUAUUCCAAAAAGAAAAGCUUUACACAUGAAGGUUUAUCCAGAGACCAGUUACUGCCUCCUCGUAGAUAAAGAGAAGUACACGGAACAUGCCUCAAAAUCAGGUCCAAUCAUGAAAGCUUCGAGGACCAAACAAAGAGCAAGACGUUCCCACAGUGGCCAGCUAUGUCUAUCAGGUUCAAUCAUGAAAGCUUCGAGGACCGAACCCAAAAACAAGAGUUUGAUACAAUCGGCUCCAGGCAACACUGUAGGAGCAGCAGGGCUUGCCCUUCAUUAUGCAAACAUAAUCGUUAUGGCAGAAAGUUGUUUCCACUCAACAACAAGCAUCAGCAACGAAUCACGGGAGAACAUGUACGAGAUGUUGCCAAUAAGCUUGAAACACGCUUUGAGAAGGAAGUUGAAAGGCCAUUUGAGCAAGGAUGUGGAGGGGAGUGAUGGAGGACAAGGUUUGGCACAAGGGUGCAAAGAAGCCUUGGGGGAGAUAAUAGGGUGGUUGGCACCAGUGGCGCAUGAUACGUUGAGAUGGCAGCAAGAGAGGGACUCGCAGCAACAAAAACUGGAUUCGGAGCCGACAGCAUUGUUGAUGCAAACAUUGCAUUUCUCGGAUUUGGAGAAAACAGAGGCGGCAAUUGUGGAGGUUUUGGUAGGAUUGAGUUGUAUAUAUAGGUACGAGGGUCGACGGGAGAGGAACGAUGGCUGAUGUUGGUUAUAAUGAAACCAAUAUAGGUAUUUGUUUAUCAUUAUAAUUUCAAUUUUUACUAGGUUUGCCUAGGCCUGUUUCCUUUUUGAGUUAAUAUACUCGAUCGGUUAAUUCUUUUACAAGCCCUUUUGGAGGAAUGGAAAAAGAAGGGACUGAAUGACAAUUUUUAAUUUAAUUGAGACUAAAAAUGAUCUUCUUUUCUUUCAGUUUCUUUACAAAGAAUUUGGUAAUUGGGCGCGUUUUAUGUAUUGUCAUCUGCACAAGCUUACAUCAAAAGAAUAGUCU